AUGCAUCUUUCGAUCGCUUUGUUUGCCAUCUUCACCAUUGCGACACCCCUUGUGUCAGCUGUGGGGUGUACCCAAGACCAGAAGCAGCAAAUGCUCGAAGCCAUUACCAAGAGCCCGCAAUGGCCAGCGUGUCAGCAGGCCACGGCCCCAUUUGACUUCUUCCUGGCGCUGACACAGGAAGGCCCGACCCCCACGCCAAACGACUUGACAAAAUUCAAGGGUAACGCGGCUUGUACCACCGUCUAUUCUUCGUUCCAAGAUGCAAUCAAACAAGCGAAUUGUGACGAAGUGGCCGACCUCGUCGGAAUAUCUGUCGACCAGCUCGUGUCCGCAACAGCGGCCACCACCACCGCCGCGCCACCAGUGGUGACGCUAGCCCAAAUCACGACGACAGUAUCAUCGUCUGUAGCCCCCGUGGGUGCAGCCGCAACAAUGAAGCCAACGACUCCUGUGACAACGUUGACCGCAUUGGAUACCACGACUGGGAAGCUUCAGCCCUCCCUGGCCGCGGCGUCAGCUUCGAUGGCCAUCUCUGCAAUGUCCUUGGCAGUGGUGGCCAUGCUUUAA